AUGCCUUUAGGUAAGCUAUUUCCUGUAGAUACCACCACAAUCUCUGAAAUCAAAGAUGACCUUACAGAACAAGUCAAUGCUACAGCAUAUGAGGUAAGCAAAGGAGCUGACGCAGAUGGCGUAACACAAGUAGCAAAAGACUUAGGACAUUCCCCUAAAGGAUGCGGACCUUACCGAGGAUCAAAAGACACAGUUGCUUCAACUCAUAGGUACUGCAAUAGGUCAUAUCUUAGGUCAAAAGAUGAUCAGGGAAGAGAAAGAGUGAUAGCUUACGGAGGUAGAGCUCUACGAGAAAAUGAACUCAACUGGGAUGUAUCAGAAAGAGAAUGUCUUGCUCUCGUUGAAGCCAUAAAAGUCUACCAUCCUUAUCUUGCUAAUAAACACUUCCAAGUGUAUACAGACAACCUUACUGUCAAGUUUCUAAAGACAAUCAAGGACAGGCAAGCAUCCCCCGACAUGGAAGUAUUAGAAGUCGACGACAACACGGAUGAGACCUGUGUAAUCGAAUUCAAGACAGAUAUUACUCGUACAUCAGACACAAUACCCAGUGUCAUGGAGGUAAGUGCACCUGAGCUAGACGAUGAACCAGUUAUCGAUCUUGCCAAAUUCCAACCAGGUAAGUUUGAAAGAUGGCACAUGGACAUCCUAGGUCCACUACCUACAAGUAAGGACAAAUAUACCUACAUUUUGUUGGUCGUAGAUAGCUUCACACAGUGGCCGGAAGCUUUUUGUUUGCGUUCCCAAGAGGCUACUGAAGUUGCUAGAGUAUUGUAUACCAAUAUCAUAGCACGAUAUGGAGCAAUCCGCUAUCUCGUAUCAGACAGAGGUAAGAACUUCACUUCCAAACUAGUAGGUGCCCUGUGCGAAUUAUUUGACAUUGGCCGUAGCACUACUAGCUCGUACCAUCCACAAACGAACAGCGUGGUUGAGCGUAUGAACAGUACGCUAGCACAGUGCUUACGAGCUUGUAGUGACGGUGACCAGACUAACUGGCCGUCAAAAAUUCCAGGUAUCAUGAUGGCAUUCAGAAUGGCGCCAUCAUCGUCUUCUGAGUACUCCCCGUAUUUCUUGGUGCAUGGCACCGAAAUGAGGAUGCCAAUCGAUGUUCAACUGAUCCCAAAAGACAAGGUAGGCAAAAAUCAUAGACAAGCUAUUCAGGAAUACAUCGACAAUAAGUCCAUGACACACAAAUAG